AGGAAAGUGCGAGGACGAAACUAACUACUAUCGUGAACCAUCUAAAAGCCACAAAAUCUAUGUCUGGUUUGUCUAUAUGUUUUGCCUGUGGCUCCUUAUUAUUCUUAACUUAAAAACUUUUUUCCCAUGGCUUCAUCUGCUUCUUUAACUCUUUCUGUCCAAACAAGCAUACAACCUUCUUCCUCCAGCAGUAAUCACGUAUUUCAGUCACUCCCUCCCACUUCAACUCUUCAUUUCCCAUCUUCUUGUAAUAAUAAUUUGAACAACAAAAGAAGUCUUUCGGUAACCACCACUACAUUCUCUGAGCAAAAAUGGAGAACUAGAGUUUCUUUCUUUCCUUCUUUCAUGAAAAGUGGGAAAGAUAGUAAAACAAUCAAGGAAGAACUUCUUGAAGCUAUUGCUCCGCUUGACCGAGGAGCUGAAGCUACUCCUGAAGACCAAGAGCGAAUUGAUAAGAUUGCUCGCGAGCUAGAAAAAGUGAAUUCGGUAAAAGAACCACUGAAAUCUGAUUUACUGAAUGGAAAAUGGGAACUUAUUUAUACAACUUCCGCAUCAAUUCUCCAAACUCAGAGACCCAAGUUGCUAAGAUCAAGAGCGAAUUUCCAGGCAAUUAAUGCUGAUAUACUGAGGGCCCAGAAUAUGGAAUCUUGGCCAUUCUUCAAUCAGUCUCAGUCUCUGACAAUCGAAGUUAGAACCAGCAAAAAUGAAGUAAACUAUGCUUACGAGGUUACUGUUUGACAAAAUUAUAGUUGUAUUCUCAUGUCAUAUGUACUCUUUGCCAAAACUUCUUUUGUACAUGUGUGUUUAAAAGGGAACUCCACCAAGCUGUAAUUUUAGUGGACUGGGACUUCCGAUGAUUUCUUGUUCAACAUCUGUUCGGUACAGAUACUAUUAGGAACUUGCUGAGUAAAACUCCAGCAUAUCAAUUUGUGAGAUGGAUAAAUGGCUAUUAGAUGACUUACUUAUCCUUAUGGUGACUUGUGUGAUUUUGGAUUUCUUACUUAGAUCUCAUGAUAUUCUACUUCAUUCAUUCUUAGUAAUAAAAUGGAUAUGCUGGGAUCAUUUAGAUGACUUUGUAUCAUGGUGCACGGAGAGCAUGUUAUGUUGCCAACUCAACAGUGUCGCUUGCUAUAACUGUUCCAUAGACAUAUAGAUAAUUCAUAAUAGAUUUUCUUUGAUAUUGCGUGGCAUAUGGUUGGCUCCAGAUCACUGGAGAUGCUGGUAUAAGUUUUUUGUUAGAAG